GGGGGGACCGCUUACAGUGUGACACAUAGGAAGCGAUGUGGAGUUGUUUACAUUGAUCAGUCUAUCAGUUUGUCUCUUAAUGAAGUAAAAAUGGAGCUUCAGGAGAAAAUAUCGGUGCCGAUAUUUACAGACGUGGACAAAGAGGUUUUUCUGCGAGAUAUUUAUCCUCAGGUAAGAUAUUUAUGUUCUGUUAUUACCUGGUAAUCAGAAAAUGUGACUACAGUUUUAGACUGAUCAUGUUUCCCUGUAUCACCUCAUGUUGCUUCUCUGGACUAGCUCAUAAUUGUGACUCCAGACCAAACUCAGAUCACCUCAAAAACAUCAUCAGGGUUUUCUCUCAGACCCCAAAAGUACGGCGCCAUUUUUGAAUAAAGUCCAAUGCUCGGAUGGAAAUGCACGGUGGCCGAGAACAGCCACUGCUGCAGAUAUUUCUAUUUUUAUUUUUUUUAAAUGCCAAAAACAAAAGAAGAAAAAAAGCCACAACGGAAGUUACAGAUGCAAAAAUGAAAAAAAUAAUAAUAACAAUUUGCAGCGGGCUUGGGUCUCUUUUCUUUUUCAUCGGUAACUUCUGUUGUUUUUUAUUUUCUUUCUUUUUUAUUUGCAGUAGUGGCAAUUUUCGGCCACCAUAGAAUGAAUGAUGAGUCCAGCAGAGUCAGGAUGAGCAGAUCAGAGUGUCGUCCCUCCACCGAGGUUCACAAUUCCAUUUUCUGUUAUUUUCAGCGCAGACCAGCCGUGCUAAGAGGAGUCGAUCUUGGUCCUUGUUUGAAGAAAUGGACGACUGAAUAUCUCUGUGAGAAAGGAGGCGACAAGAAAGUCCAGAUCCACGUGUCCACUGUGCCCCAGAUGGACUUUCUCCACAAAAACUUUGCGUACAAGUGAGUUCCUCACCCUCUCACACACACAGACACAUGAAUGAGUGUUUCCUCUGUGCAGAAGCUUCAGCUGCAGAUCUGUGUCCACAGGACUCUGCCUUUCAGGGAAUUUGUGAAAAGAGCUUCUGAAAAAACACACUCUGAUUUCUUCUUGUGUGAGGUAUGUAAAGUAAAUGACAUUUACUUUAUUAUUAUGGUAUAAUUUCUAGUAAGAAAAAGUCUGUUUUUUCAGGAUGAGAGCUAUUAUCUUCGAUCACUUGGAGAGGACGUACGGAAGGUAUUAAAAAAAAAUUACCUGACUGAAACUUUUUUUUUUUUAGGUUACUGUUUUGUAGAUUUAUGAAUAUUUAAAUAUUUGUAAAUGUUUCCUCUACAGGAACCUGCAGAUCUGAGCAAACAGUUCCCAGACUUGGCUGCAGAUUUUCACAUCCCAGAGUUCUUUGGACCUGAUCAGUUUUUCUCCAGUGUGUUUCGGAUCAGCUCCUGUGAUCUGCAGCUGUGGACGCACUACGAUGUGGGUGUUUUGGUUUGUUACCUGUUGAUCUCACCUUGGAUCUGUUUUUGCAGAUACAGGUUCUGCAUCGGCUAGCAGCUUUGCCGGGGGUCAUAAGGAAAAUUCUCGUCUCUGAACUGACAGACGGGGGUCGUUAUUCUCAGAGCCAGACAAUCACAUUUAGAUGCUGAUUAUUUUAAAGGGAUGUUCCGGCGUAAAAUUAAUUUAGGGUCAAACACACCGUAGCACCGAGUCAGACACCCCCUCGUCUAACUCGGUGUAACGGUGCGUUUGACCCUAAAUUAAUUUUACGCCGGAAUAUCCCUUUAAAAUGCUGAUAACCUGCUGACUGAUUAACCAGCCAAUGAACUCAAAAUGCUCCUCUGCUCUUCAGGUGAUGGAUAACCUGCUCGCUCAGGUGACUGGAACAAAGAGGGUGGUUCUCUACAGCCCCCAGGAUGCCUUGCACCUCUACCUGUCAGGUAAACGUGAAACAUUAUUAUCGUUAUAGAAAGUCUCUGGUUGUAUCUUUGAGAAAUAAAACGCCUCUUUAUAUGUGAACUGGAUCCAUCAGGGGAUAAAUCAGAAGUCCUCGACAUCGACUCUCCGGAUCUGAAACGUUUCCCUGAGUUUGUGAAGGCGAGGAGGUUCGAGUGUGUGCUGGAGCCUGGAGAUCUGCUUUUUAUCCCGGGUGAGACUAACCGUCCACAGUAACCGACUCUUCCAGACUGCAAUAUUCUUGAAGUAUUGCAUUAAAGCAGUUCCCCACACAAGCUCAGACACCUUUACAUCAUCCUGUGUUUCUAUUUUCUCAGCCCUGUGGUUCCAUAACACCCUCGCUCUGCAGUCCGGCGUGGGCGUCAACGUGUUCUGGCGUCAUCUCCCUACCGACAGCUACGACAAAAAGGACCCGUACGGUAACAAAGAUCCUGUGGCUGCCACUCGAGCCCUCCAGGCGCUGGAGAGAGCGCUGCACACUCUGGAUGAACUCCCAGCGGAUUAUAGGGACUUUUACGGGCGCCGAAUGAUUCAGCGCAUCCAAAAACGAACAUACUGCGACAGCCAGUCCAGAAAUAUCACAGAGGAGCAGGACUCUGAGAGGACGCCAGCCUGCAGCCAAUUCACCAAACCUGGAUGAGAGUGUGGAGAAAUGUAGAGCAGCCAAUAAAAAAACCUUCAUUCUUUGUUGUUACUCUGUUUUUAGUGUUUGAACACAGGACUGAGUUGGACAUGUGCAGACACGGCUGUGGUUUGAACUUUUAUUGCACAAAGAUUACAGAUCUUUACGUUUCUUUCCUUACAAACAUUUUAAAGCUUUGUAAACAGUGAAGCAGCGUCUCCCCAGUGUGUUCAGUUCCUCCUGCUAACACCGCUUUGAGUCCCCGUGGUCACGUUUUCCUCAGUCUCAGCGUUUCAGUGUGAACACAAGAGCUGACCAGUGAGUGACUACAUGAAGCAGAGAGAAGCUCAGAGACGUGGCGUUCAAUAACGGGCCGAUAAAGAGCUACAAGUGAGAGCUGGUGACUUUGGUAAUACUGUGAUGGGGCGUCGUGUGAAAACUGGGUGAUCCUGUCUGCAAACCGGUUCAGUUUGACCACGAGUGAAAAACGUAUCCAAACAUUUACACUUUUAAAAAUAAGUUUGGCUUUGUGUGCAGACGAGAAAAAGGUCAGACAAAGAAAAUACACGUAAAGGAGAGCUGGACUCUUUCAAACCUGGGCCUGGUUCUGGGAUGUUUUGGGCUCUAGAUGACGUUUAAGAACAAAUUCAUGGAGGUGCAGUGUGAUCUAUAAGUGCCUGUUUUUGCUGAUAAUAAUUUUGAUUGUUUGACACCUUUUUUUCCACAUAAUUCAACCUCUAGGACUCUCCUCGCUCCAUUUGAAGUAACCAGACUGAUUUGCCAAGAAAAGGAGAGACUGAAGUUGCUGCAGCCUCAAAUAUUCAGCAUGUUUGUGGUUAAGUUAUGAUAAAAUACAUUUUAGCAGACUGAUUAGGAAAGCAGCUCCUUUCUUAUUGAGGUAAAAUAACUGAUUUAUUAAGUGCAGUCUGGUGGUUGUGAAGAGAAUCAGAGAGAACAAAAAAUUCUAAAUGUUCAUUUUUUUCAUAAAAAGUCAGUUAUGAUAAAGUUGAACUUUGAGAGGAAAGAGUCAAAAAAGAUAAAAAUCCAUUAUGAGAGGAUCAAGAGUCAAAAUUAAGAUUAAAGUCAUAUUGAAAUAAGGAAAAGUUACAUCUAUUAUAUUAUCAAAACAUCUUUAUAUGAACUUUUUAAAAUGUAUUUGUAUAGUUUGACCUUUUCCUCAAAAUUAGGACUAAAUUUUUUGUCAUUGUUGCCUCUUUUUGUCCAAUAGAUGAAAAAUUUAACUUUUCAUCUUAAGACUUUUCACUUAAACUUUUUUUUUUACUACAAAUUGUGACAAAUCUUCUUGUCAUGUUAACUUUUCAUCACAUCAUUUUGAUUUUUAUCUCUGUAUUAUCACCCACUACUUCAUAAUUAUAACUUUUUGACUUUUUAAACUCAUGAUUACAACAUAUUAACUUGUACUUUAUCUUUUUAAACACCAGUUUUGAUUUUUCACAACAAAAGUUUGACUUAAUUCCUCAUAAUCAUGACUUUAUAGUUUGAAUUUUGGAUAUUUUCCUCAUUAUUUUGACUUAUCGUCAUUACGGCAUACUUUUUAAUUUAAACUCAUAUCGUAACAUUUGAACUUUUUAUCUCCUUUAUCUUAACUUUUUAUAUCAUUUAUUCCUUUCUCCUUCAGUUUUCUGGCAGAAUUGGGCUUCCAUACAAACACAAUCAUAAUCAGUGAGUCUAAUUUGAUCUGGUUCAUUUUCCUCAGAGGAUCAAAAUAUGUCAAAGUCAGGCCCGGGUUUAAAAGUAGACUUCCCUUUUAAUUUGACUCUUUCAUUCACAAAACACACAAACAGCACUCUUCUCAGUCUUCUCUGCAGAGGAGGUCAGCAGUCCGGGGGGGAGCCGUGGACACCGGCACUGUUCGCUGCGCUGGGUUUCAUCUUUUCUUGCAUUUCUCCGUCCUUUAAGUGAGCAAGGCAAGGUGAGAAGCAGCAGAAAGAGGGCGACGUUUUCUCUCCUACAGGACAUCGGACACGUGUUUUUGGUGAGGUUCAGUCCCGGGACUCUUCAUGCGGCCCCGUUCCUCUACAGCAGAGCAGUGCAGACUAAAGUCAUGAGGUACGCAAACACCCGCCGCCUCACUUCACGAAGUUUCCGGGUGUGCAGAUAAAGCUACGAAGAUCUCUCAUCAGACAGAUAAUAGACAAAGAAAUGGCACAUAGCUUGUUGGUGUUCGGUGGAUACUAAACUUCUUCAUUUUUUUGUUCGUUUUUUUUUAAGGUUGCAAACAGGCAGAGAGAAGAGAAAACCCAAAAGGCAGGAUGAGUCUCUUCCACGUGAUCAGCCGGUUUUUGGGAGGAGAGAAGGUACAUUUAUGGAGUCUGUGCCAUGCGGCGAGUCGACUUGAUCUUCUCCAGUCUUUUCGAGAGGUGGCUGUUGUUCGACUCCAGCUCAUCCACUUUGUCCAGUGCUGACCGCAGCUGUUGAUUCAAAAAAUAUGAUGUAGUUAAAAAUGAGCCUGAUCAAUAAGAUGGAUUAUAUUUCAUGCGGUGUAAAGAAACCAAAGUCCACCUCUCUUUGUAGUUUCCGUUUCUCCGCCUUGAGUUCAUCCUCCACUUUCUCUGCGUUCUCUGCAGAAGACUUGUAACGCGUCACCUGACCCUCGAGUCUGGUCACCUGAAGAUUAAAAACCAAAAUAAUUCAGUUUAAGGAGUGAAUAAUCCUUGUUUUUAGAUCAUGAAUGAGUCUAAAGCUUCUUCUCAGCUUACGUUUUGUUCCAAAGCCGUGACUUCUUGCUCUGCUUUCGCAAGUUUGAACUUUAAGUCACUUAUUUGCCGGCUUGAAUCUCCUGCGAAGAUAAACCGAAUCUUAAAUUUAUGAAGACGGUUAAAGUUUAAAGUAAAAACACCAGCUGGUUUGACGUGUUUGUCACUUACGCUGCAGCUCUAAGAUGUUUGGGUCAUUGCCGUUUUCAAGGAUUUCACCGUCUGGGCUCACAUUGUUGUCUGUGCCAUUUUUCUGUGUUUUCUCAUCCAGCUGGGCCUUGAGUUUCUUCACCUGUAGAUGGAGCCAGAGGACAGUAACGAUCAGUGGCAAUAAACCUUUAAAUUUUACUAAUAAUAUAACGGAUGACCCACUGACGCACCUGCUCUAUCAUUUUUUCACGCUCAUCCACCAAUUUCCUCAGACGGAUCUCUGAAAACAAAAAGCAGACGUCUGAGAGCAAACUCACUCAUUAUCAUUUUGAAUUCAUGCUUCACCAUGCCGAAAUAAAACACCAGUUCAGACUACA